AUGGAGAAUUAUCAGAAGCUGGAGAAGGUCGGAGAGGGCACCUACGGUGUGGUCUACAAGGCGCGAGACCUUGCCAAUGGCGGACGCAUUGUUGCCCUGAAGAAGAUCCGACUCGAGGCCGAAGACGAGGGUGUUCCGAGCACCGCCAUCCGCGAAAUUUCCCUCCUCAAGGAGAUGCGAGACCCCCACAUCCUUCGACUACUCAACAUUGUCCAUUCCGACGGCCACAAGCUGUAUCUGGUCUUCGAGUUCCUCGAUCUAGAUCUGAAGAGAUAUAUGGAGGCUCUCCCUCAACUUGGACUUGGCGAUGCCGUCAUCCGCAAGUUCAUGAUGCACCUGUGCAACGGCAUCAGGUACUGCCACUCUCACCGUGUCCUGCACCGAGAUCUCAAGCCCCAGAACCUGCUUAUCGACCGGGAUGGAAACUUGAAGCUUGCAGAUUUCGGUCUGGCGCGGGCGUUUGGUGUGCCGCUGCGAACCUACACGCACGAGGUUGUUACUCUCUGGUAUCGAGCCCCCGAGAUUCUCCUGGGUGGAAGGCAGUACUCUACUGGCGUGGACAUGUGGUCAAUUGGAUGCAUCUUUGCUGAGAUGUGUACUCGCAAGCCUCUUUUCCCAGGUGACUCGGAAAUUGACGAAAUCUUCCGCAUUUUCCGUGCCCUCGGAACCCCUACCGAAGACUUAUGGCCCGGCGUCACAUCCUACCCCGAUUUCAAGGCUUCUUUCCCCAAGUGGCAGAGAGACUACUCACAGGCACUGUGCCCGAACCUCGACGAUAAGGGCUUGGAUCUGCUUGAGAUGAUGCUUGUCUACGACCCUGCAGGACGGAUUUCUGCUAAGCAAGCUUGCAAUCAUCCCUACUUUGAAGACUACGUGUCGACUCCCGGGCCAACGACGACGGCGCCAGCAAACCCGACAGCAGCUCGCGGUGCCAGCUACUUCCACUAG